GGUGCUCGUAGGAAUGUACAGCUGCGUCAUUUUUGUGCUUUAUUCAACAGUUUUAUCACUGAAAGUCAAGUAUUAUUUCAAAGAAGGAUCAUGUAAGUGUGCUACUAGAGAAGCGGGAACCUACAAAAAUAGCAGAGGAAGAUAAACAAAGAGUUUUGAACAAUCUUUUGAGCACAACACCCUAAAACUACUUCACCAUGCCCGCCAUAGCUUCUUGUUCGGCGCGAACACUCAUCCACCCUCCGCCCCGCGCGUCGGCCCGCGUCUCCUGCCCGCCGUUAUGGGAUGACAGUUUGAUCGCCUUUGAGAUGCUGGACAAGGACAAGGAUAAUUUUCUGGACUGGCAAGAUGCAAGGUACUGGCUGCGGUGCGUCGGGUGGUGCUGCACCGACCAGGAAUUGGACGACAUUCUACUCGCGUACGUGAAGAUGAACAAUGAGUGCACGACGAGCGGUAUGACUGUGCACCACUACACCCCCCCCUCAUUUGUAUGGCAAGGACAGCAACACAAGACAAGCGUCGGCAAGAAAGCAGGUUUUGCAUGACAAAUCUGCACAGGAGGGUAGUGCUAUUUGGGCGGCCAGAACUUGCGAUGCAAACAGUGCUUCAAGGCAUGGCGUGGAUUUGGUAAAUUGCAUCACAAAUGAGGGGGGAUGGGGGAGUUGUGCACUGUCACAAGCGGCGAGUGGGGCGGCGACGAGAAUGAAGCUGUUGUUGAAGGAGACGCGCUUGUUGACCAGAAUCGAAAGACGAGUUUUUGUGCAGCCGGCAGUGAUGAAACAAACGGCAGCGGGAACGUCAACGACGAGCAUCAAACUGAGCGCGCGGCUGCGCAGGUGGACGCAGAGGGUGUUGAGAGCAGUGAGAACGAGGUUCUUGCAACUGGAAGUGAACCUGCGAAGCCAACAACUACUUCGGCCAACAGGGUUUCGAUUUCAGUAGCGGAACCAGCGACGACCGCUGCUGCUGAGUCAGAAGAUCAUGAUGGUGCCAAUUUUGUUUCGGAGCGAGAAAUUGCUGCCGACACGAACCAGAGGCAGGACGAAAAUCUUCCUGAUGCCGAAGCGGAAGACAAGCAAGAGGAUGCGAUUCUCGCGAAGGAACAAGAUCUACAUGGAACAACGGAACAAACCCCCGCUUCGACCGAGCACCCUGCAUCAUCUGAGGCGGUAGAGGUUGAACAAAUGCCUGGAAAUCCCAGUUGCAAUGUGGUCGACAGCAGAACCACCACGUCGACAAACGAUAUCGACCUCUACGGGAAGAAACUCUUCGCUUUGCAGGACCUGCAGCUCAUGGUGAGCAACUACAGUUCUGAUCCGCAACCAAAGUUUGCCACAACCUCACUUGGCGGCUCGAAAAUCUUGACUGAAAUAAAUCAGAAGAACGACACAACAAAUAGCAGCGAAGAUGCCCCCGACGUCGCGAAAGCCGGCUUGCUGUCCCGCGAGGGUGACUUGCUGAAGCUGCUGUCGAACAUCACACAGGGGAAGUUGGAUUUAGAUUUGGAACCCUUUUACAACGCCAUGACGACGCAGGGUGAGCCGCUGGGGCUGGAAGAUUUGGAGGAAUUAAUGACUUUGAUCGGGUGCGGGGUGAACAACGUUUCGACACAUUUCGCGAAUUCUAUCGACACCCGAUUCUUCGCCAACGCGCUCGCGUCGAAAAUCGUCCAACCGCCCUGUGUGCCAACGCACCGCAGCAAGUACAAGGCGGGAACGUCGGGUGGUGUGGGUGCUGGUGGCGGGGGCACUAGUAGAGCUGCUACGGCAGGCGGGACCAGCAAGCAGAAAGCGAAAGCGCGGUGCUGACGGGAGGGUGCUAUCGAAGAAUGUUGAGCAUUGUAGAGCAGUAGAGCAGCGUUUACGGAGAAAUUGGCGUGCUUCCGGAAAAAUUGGCGUGUAUAUCAACCAUUUCUUCACUGAAGAUAACUGCUGCGAGCAGCUGUACUGAAGCGACCCUUGCAGCUAGGCCCGGCAAUUCCUUGUCCUAUGGUGAUCUUCGACUUGAAGCAGUCGCGGAAAAGAAUGCGUGAGUUUUCGAAUCUGGUGCUCAUGCUCUACUUUUUCUUCGCUUCUAAUCAGCCUCAUUUUCGUUAGUGCAGCUGCAGCCAUUCUUUGUGCAUUUUCAUUUUUUGAGUGCCGGUCUUCGAAGUGAAGAAAAGACUGGCACAAGCAUGAAGAUCAACGUCGGCUGCAUUCUCCUCAUGAACAAGUGGGUCCUCGCUAGAAAGCAGCUUCGUUUAUUUCGUGAGAAAAAAUGAUCCAGAAAAGCUUGAAAACGUAUGGCACUGGAUCCCCGAAAUGAUGAAUGUCUGGCAGAUCCAUGAGUCGUGCCCCCUUUGUCGCUUUGUGACGAAAAUACUGUCACUUGAGAUCUACUGCAGUACUGAC